AUGUUGUUCUCGAUCUUGUACGCCGGCCUCGGCCUCAGGGCCGCUGUCGCUCGCGCCCAGAGCAGCAGCCCGAAUAUCGUGUUUAUCAUGACGGAUGACCAGGAUAGGCGGCUGGGCUCCACGGACUACCAGUCUGUCCUGCAGCGGGAGCUGGUGGCCAAGGGCACUGAGUUCACGAACCAUUAUACCAAUCAGGCCCUGUGCUGCCCGAGCAGAUCUACUCUGUUGCGAGGCCAGACUGUUCGUUUAUCUUACAACGAGACGCUAACCGUGCAACGUGCACACAACAUCAACCUGACCAACGUGGUUGCACCGGGAGGCUCGUAUAACAAAUGGGUACUCUCUGGCCAGGAUACGAACUAUCUUCCACAUUGGUUGAGUGCGGCUGGAUACAGGAGCGAGUAUAUUGGGAAGAUCAUGAAUGGAUAUGGUCUCUCUAACUAUGAUGUGCCGUCGAAGGGUUGGGAUCAUAGUGACCUUCUGGUCGAACCUUACAUCGACGACUUCAAUUUGCCUGUCCUCUCGCAGAAUGGAGAGACACUUGUUUUCUAUGACGGCUUCCACCAGACAGAUGUCAUUCGCAUCAAGGCUCUCGAUCGACUGGAAUAUCUCACUACCAACCAAAGUGAUCCUUUCUUUUUGGCCAUAACCCCCUUUACUCCACACGUUGGUUACCAGCAAGACCUCCCAUCCCAUAGGCCCACCCCCCAGCAGCGCCACUUGGAGCUGUUCCCCGAUGCCGCGGCACCGAGGACGCCGAACUUCAACCCAGCGGAUGAGUACCAGGCCAACGCCGGUGGCUGGGUCAAGGAUUUGAUUGCGAUGAACGAGUCAGCAAUCAACAUGGCCGACUUCGUCUACCGAUCCCGGGUCCAAGCGCUUGCGGGCGUAGACGAGAUAAUCGAGGACGUGGUCGCAAAGUUGGAAGAAAAGGUGAUCAUAGACAACACCUACAUCAUCUACACAUCGGAUAACGGCUACCACCAUGGUCAGCACAGAACGCCAGCAGGGAAGUCGCUCUUCUACAACGAAGACACCAACAUCCCCCUGAUCGUGCGGGACCCAGGCGUCCCGGCCAACGUCACCUCGAGCAUCCCAGGCUUACACCUGGACAUGGCACCAACCUUCCUCGAGAUCACCGGGCUCGCCGAGGAGAGCUGGCCCGAGUUCUUCGACGGCCGCAGCCUGCUGCCGCAAUGGCAGGACCCGACCUCGUCGGACAACGCGGGCGCCGACGCCGGGCAGGGCAACUCGAAAGAGAGCAUCAACAUCGAGUACUGGGGAAACGCGGGGAUCGAGGCGCCCAGCGCCGGCGUGCUCGGCUCGCCGUUCGUGAACACGACGUACAAGACGAUCCGCAUGCUGGGCGCCGAGCAGAGCUGGGUCUACACGGUCUGGUGCUCGGGCGAGACGGAGCUCUACGACACGGCCGCGGACCCCUACGAGCUAACCAACCUGGCGGCCGCAGACAACACAAACGCGACCGAACACAAGGCGCUGAUUAAUCGCCUGAACGCCCUGCUCAUGGUCACCAAGUCGUGCGAGCAGAACGCGUGCCGCGACCCGUGGAGCCUGCUCUCGCCCGACGGCGCGACGCUCACGUCGCUGACGGGCGCCUUGGAUACAACAUACGACGCAUGGUUUGCCGGUUUCGCCGUCGUCUCCUUCGACACGUGUCUAGCAGUCCUGUCCGACGCCAACGAGGCGCCGUACUACCCCGAAUUAUCGGAUGCGGUCGGGGGCGUCGGACUGGGCCGCGCCUACCGCAACGCGACGGACGUGAUCGAGGCGGCGGCCGGGGUGCGGACGAUCGUCACGGCGGAGUACUAUGGCUCGGAGGCGCAGCGGAAUGCAACGUUUGCUGAGCUGACGGCUGCGUCAAGGGUGUUGACGGCGGAGGAGAUCGCGGCGCGGUGA